CUAUCUUUCGCUGCGGUCAUCAAACCGAUGGCUACAAGUUGCUGCGCGACACUGUUGUAUAUAAAGUUAACUCUUUUUUUUUAUUACAUUAUUUUUAACUUUUUAACUUCAUGACAGGCACUUGGACUAGUGGGCUUUCUGAGCUAAUAGCAUCCUCUCGUUCAAAAAAGGGUAAAGGCAAGCUACGUACGGACUUUUUAUCUGGAACGACAACAGUGGAUACAAAAGAGAAUGAACAAGAGACAUUUCGUCAACUUGUAAAGAACUACCAAGUUAACCAUUCAGUUCCUGAUGAUGUACCAAAAGUUCAAUUUGGCCAGCACAUUCAGUUCAAACCACCCAAAUCACCAUUUCUCAAAACACUUGUGCAGCCCACUGUAAGAAAAGAAGAACAAACAAGAUCGAGCAAGCCGAUCGUGUAUGAUCGUGAUUGGUUAUUACAACAUACCCAAAGAUAUGCCUCAGACAAUCCUUACGAAGUAUGUGCCGAGUUGUUUACGAUCCUUCGAUCAGGCGAUGAAGAUAUUCAAGUGCCUCUGGUUGAAUUGUUGGGAUAUGAGGCAUUAGAGUUUAUUGAAGAAUUGAUAUCCAAUCGAUCUACCAUUGUGCAUAACAUUAUGAGAAUGUCUAAUUAUGACGAACAACAACAACAACAACAACAACAAAGACAGGUUGAGUCUAGACGGCCUGUCUAUGGCACACAACUUACUAUACAAUCUGAAAAAGACUUGAAACAAGAAAAGAGAUUGAGAAAAGAACAAAAGAAAGCAAAUAAGAACAAAGAAGAUGAUGCUCAUACAACAUCCAUGGGCAUCUUGGGCUUUGAUGGGCAGGAUCUUCGACAGGCUAGAGAAAACGCACUGAUGAGUUCGGGCCCAUUGUUCAGCUCGAAUUACAAGACAGCGGCGCAGCCCAAGUAUCCUCAUGUGUACCAGUCUGGCGUGUCAGGGACAACACUGUCAAUAUUUGGAUCGCGAUUUGCAUUACCAGCAGGCACUGAGCGCUAUGAUAAUAAUGAUUAUGAAGAAACGAUUAUUCCGGUUCCUAAACAAGCUCCUGUAAGGCAAGGAGAAAGACGAAUUCCUAUAUCUGAAAUGGAUAGCUUAGCCAGAAAUGCAUUCAAGGCCUAUGAUACCCUUAAUCGUGUUCAAUCCAUUGUUUAUCCCAUUGCUUAUGAAACAAAUGAAAAUAUGCUUGUCUGUGCUCCCACGGGUGCUGGUAAAACUGAUGUUGCCAUGUUAACUGUCUUACGAUGUCUCUCACAACACUGUCACCCGCCCCCAAGAAAGGGAACGACCGAGAUCGACUUCAAGAUUGCGGUAAACGAGUUCAAGAUUGUUUAUGUUGCGCCUAUGAAAGCUUUGGCAGCAGAAAUUGUCGAAAAGAUGCAGAAGCGGUUAAAGUUUCUGGGAGUCAAAGUACGUGAGCUUACCGGUGACAUGCAGUUGACAAAGGCAGAGAUUAGUGAAACCCAAUUUAUUGUUACCACGCCCGAGAAAUGGGAUGUGAUCACUCGAAAGGGCACAGGUGAUGCUGAGCUUACACAGAAAGUAAAACUUUUGAUUAUUGAUGAAGUUCACUUGUUGAAUGAAGAUCGUGGUGCUGUUAUUGAAAGUAUUAUUGCCAGAACGAUAAGACAGGUUGAAUCUAGUCAAUCUCUCAUUCGUAUUGUUGGUCUAUCCGCUACUUUACCCAAUUAUAUUGAUGUAGCGACAUUCUUGAGAGUCAACCCAUAUCAAGGAUUAUUUUAUUUUGAUAAUGGAUUUAGACCUGUCCCUCUUGAACAACAUUUUAUAGGCAUCAAGGGUAAACCCAACAGUGUGCAAUCGAACGAACGAAUGAACAAGGCAUGUUUUGACAAGGUAUCCGAGCUCGUACAGCAAGGGCAUCAAGUGAUGGUCUUUGUCCAUGCAAGAAAAGAGACUGUCAAGACAGCACAAAUGCUAAGAGAAGAGGUAGCUGCGGAAGGCCUUGGAGAUUUUUUUGACUGCAUCGAUGCACCAAACUACGCCAAUUUCAAAAAGGAGAUUGCACGAUCCCGCAACAAGGAAAUGAAGGAACUCUUUCAGUACGGAUUUGGCAUUCACCAUGCAGGCAUGCUUCGGUCCGAUCGAUCACUCACAGAGCGCAUGUUUGCUGAUGGAUCACUCAAGGUCCUUUGCUGUACUGCCACAUUAGCCUGGGGUGUCAACUUACCUGCUUAUGCCGUCGUCAUCAAGGGCACACAAGUAUACGAUUCGACCAAAGGUAGCUUUGUGGACCUAUCGAUCCUUGACGUCCUUCAGAUCUUUGGUCGUGCCGGACGACCUCAGUACGAAACUCACGGCGUGGGCUACAUCCUGACGACCCAUGACCGUCUAUCUCAUUAUAUCUCAGCCAUUACCCAACAACACCCGAUUGAAUCCAAAUUUAUAGAAAAUAUUGUUGACAACUUGAACGCGGAGAUCUCGUUGGGCACAGUAACUAAUAUUGACGAAGCAGUCACUUGGCUAAGUUACACUUAUCUGUACGUCCGUAUGAGGAAAAACCCGAUGGUCUACGGUAUGUCGCAUUCAGAACCCGCAGAGGAUCCGUUACUGGGAAGAAAGCGACAUGAGAUUAUCACACUAGCCGCACGUAAAUUAGCAGAAUGUCAGAUGAUCCUCUUUGACGGCUCGACGGGAUACUUGAUCCCUAAAGACUUGGGUCGUAUCGCCUCUAAUUUCUACAUCAAGCAUAAGAGUAUCGAGAUAUUCAAUUCAAUUAUGAAACCGCGUAUGACAGAAGCCGAUGUGCUGGCUAUGAUGAGUCUCAGCUCUGAAUUUGAUCAGAUCAAGUCGCGCGAAACAGAACAUCAAGAACUGAAAAAGCUACUAGAGAACGCAUGCGCAUGUGACAUCAAGGGAGGUCCUGAAGAUACACCAGGCAAGGUCAAUAUUCUACUCCAAGCUUACAUUUCAAACGCGUAUAUCGAUGACUUUGCACUUGUUUCUGAUUGUGCCUACGUUGCUCAGAACGCAGGCCGUAUUGCCCGUGCCCUGUUUGAAAUCGCACUCAACCGUAACUGGGGCGUCACUGCUUCUGUUCUACUUGAAAUCAACAAGGCUGUUGAGAAACGCAUGUGGACUUUCCAACACCCUUUACGACAGAUGGGAUUACCGAUAGAUAUUGUUCACAAGCUAGAGAAUCGCACACACGAGGUAUCUGUCGAGGAGAUGCGCGAGAUGAGCGUGCAGGAACUAGCAGACCUAGUCAAUCAUAACCAAAAGAUGGGCAUGACGCUCUCACGAUGUGUCGACCAGUUCCCGAUGCUCUUGCUUGAUGUCCACAUGGCACCGAUCACACGUCAUCUCUUACAGAUCGAUUUGACCAUCACGCCUGAUUUCGUCUGGAACGACCGAGCGCACGGUAGUGUCGAGCCAUGGUAUAUCUGGGCAGAAGAUGACGAAGGCGAGAUUUACUAUUCUGAAUACUUUUUGCUUUACAAGAAGCAGCUGGGCGAGCCUGCCAAGCUCACCUUUAUCGUGCCUCUAGUCGAACCUCUGCCGGCUGAGAUGCACAUACGCGCCGUAUCGGAUCGCUGGCUAGGUGCCGAGACAACCGUGUCGAUACCGCUUGAAGACCUGGUAUUGCCCCGUAUGGAUCCACAGUACAGAGAUCUCUUGGACUUGCAGCCUUUGCCUAUCAGCGCAUUACAUCAUCCUGUGCUCGAAGCGAUCUAUGGGUUUAGACACUUUAACCCUUUGCAGACUCAACUUUUCCAUACGCUGUACCAUACACAGCAACACGUCCUCGUGGGCGCGCCUGCAGGUACAGGUAAGAACGUGGCUAGUGAACUUGCCUUAUGGGCUGCUCUGCGAGAUCGUCCCGAGUCUAAGGUAGUCUACAUGGCAUCAAAAGAAGCACUGGUAAGAGAACGAAAGAAAGAUUGGACGCAUCGAUUCAGCGGGGCUUUGGACAAGACGGUGGUUGAGAUUAGACAAGAUGUUGCGCUUGAGGACGUGGAAGCAGCCCAUCUGCUUGUGACGAUACCCGACAACUGGAACAAGAUGCAAUGGGAAAAGAUCAUCUCUCAGGUAUCCUGUGUGAUUGUGGACCAGGUUCAUUUGAUAAGCCAAGACCCAGCACUUGAAGUCGCCGUGUCGCGUAUAAAGCAUGCUAGUGUAGAGCACAAGGUUCGCAUGGUGGCGUUGAGCACAUCACUAGCAGAUGCCUCUGAUCUGGCUAACUGGAUGGGUGUCAGCAAGACAGGACUAUUCAACUUUAAACCCUUGAUACGUCCCAUGGAAAUUUACAUUGAUGGUUUUCCCGGCAAGCACUAUAGCCCACGUAUGGCCAUGAUGAACAAACCGACCUAUGCAGCCAUCAAGACACACUCGCCGAAUGAGCCGGCCAUUGUCUUCGUCACAUCACGUCGACAAACCAAGCUGACGGCGCAAGACCUCAUUGCUUACUGUGGUAUGGAAGAUAAUCCGAGACAGUGGCUUCAUAUGGACGAUAGUGAAUUUGAAAUGCUUCGAAUCAACGAUGAACUAUUGCGAAUGACCCUUGCCUUUGGUAUCGGCUUGUAUCACACAGGCUUAAGAGAAAGUGAUCGAAAAAUGGUGGAAGAGCUGUAUUUGAAUGGACGAAUUCAGAUUCUGAUUGUGACAAGUGAUCUUGCUUGGCAGGUACAGUUCCCUGCCCAUUUGGUGGUCAUCAAGGGUACCGAUCAUUAUGACCCAGAGAACGAGCGGUAUAUUGAUUAUCCUGUGAGCGAUCUCUUACAGAUGAUGGGUCGCGCCAGUCGUCCUCUAGAUACAAGGGGUGUCGUACGCGUGUUUGUGCAAGAGAGUAAGAAGGGCUAUUACGAAGCAUUCUUGCGUGAGUCGUUACCUGUAGAAUCCGAUUUACACGCAUGUCUUGAUCUUGUCCCCGAGGUGCUGAGUAAAAGGAUCAAGACGAAACAAGACGCUGUGGACUACUUGACGUGGACGUACAUGUAUCGUCGUCUGAAGCAAAAUCCAACUUAUUAUGGAUUAGACAAGGAUGUAAAUAAGUACCUUUCUAAUCUAGUAAAUGAAGCAACAGAGCAUACAGAAUCUAUUGAAGUGGUCGACAAUUACAAACUAUUUCCUGUUAAAAACCUGUAAAAUAAACGGCAGCUUUUUGGUAUAACAGCAAGUGUAACAUUCAUUAUAAGAGUUUAAAUUCUAGAAUUCA